GAAUUCAUUACUAAAUCAAGAGGGUCAAUGACGUAGUUAAUUGAUCUUAUUCUUACUUUACACAACGAGUUUUCAAUCGGAUUGGAAAAUUCAUGCUACGAAACAAGUCAAAGGAUUAUAAUAUUUCAUAUUUUGGUGGAUGUUGCAUUUGUUCCUGGGGACCUUUGUGAAAUACACACAAAAUACACCGUGGUAUGUUUUUCACAACUUUAACGAUGAAGCACUUUAUAAAGUCAUUUUUAUCUCAAAAGUGAAAAAAGAAGUGCUGGUGAAGAAGAUAGAGAUACCAAUGACGCGCGUAGUACAGAAUCAAUGAAAUUCGGUGAUUUUGUGAGGAUGGGGAGCGUCGUAGAUAUCGUAGAAGAAGAUGAAGAAGAGCAUGUUUUGGAUGUGGAAGAUACUAUUUUUGUUGCUGUAGGGAAGGACGUGAAGCAGAGUGAGACUACGCUGUUUUGGGCGGUUCAGAAUUUUAUAGGCAAGAAUAUUUGCGUCCUCCAUAUCCACCAGCCUUCAUCUGAGCUCUCGCUGCCAGAUGAAAAUCUUCCUGCCAAUAAAAUGAAACAACAAACAGUUAAACAAAGUCAAGAACUCGAAAGACAAAAAUUACGUGACCUGCUAAAUGAAUACCUACUUCUUCUAGCUCAGUCAGGGGUGCAGGCAAAUGAAGCAUGGAUUGAGAUGGACAAUGUUGAGAAAGGGAUUGUUGAAGUUAUUGCUCAGCAUGAUGUUAGAUGGCUUGUCAUGGGGGCUGCAGCAGAUGAAUACUACACUGAGAGACUGGCAGAACUAAGGUCCAAGAAAGCAGCUUUUGUAUGUCAACAAGCAGCAGUUUCCUGUCAUAUUUGGUUUGUCUGCAAAGGGCACCUCAUAUAUACAAGGGGAGACAGGAAACAAAGAUCUGAAACAGAAAUUGCACCUCCUUUGCUGCUAAUGAAUUCAGCUACCAGAAUGGAGCAAUCUGAGCACUUCAGAUCAGAUUCAACUCAUUGGCUUACGGGUCCGGAUAUAGGGGAAGAUGCAAAUGAAUUGGAAGAAAUGUCAAGAAGGUUGAGUUCUAACUGCUUGGCACAUUCUAGUUGGUCCACCAGUACAAUGGAUGACACUUCAAAGCUGAUAACUUUGCUCUCAGUUGAGCAGUGGAGAGACUCAGAACAGGCAGUUUGUGGAAGUUAUCUUGGAGUAAAACGAGAUACCGAGGACAGUAAAAGCUCAAAAUGGAAAGAAUUUGAAGAGGCAGUGAAGCAAUGGAAAGAGAAAGAAAAUAUUGUGGAGGCCGAAUGCAAGGCAAAAGCACUUGAAAGCUUGUGUGGUAGAGAGAUGAGUCAAAGAAAAAAGAUGGAAGAAGAUCUGGCAAGAGUAAAGGAAGAAGUGGAAAUGAUGAAGGAUGAACAUGACGAAUUCAUGAAAGAACUGCAGGUGAUCGAGAAAGAAAAGUUAGUGCUCAAAACCCAAAUUGCUGAGUCCCAAAGUGAGGUGAAGGAGUUGGAGGAGAAGAUCAUCUCAGCUGUGGAACUCUUGAUAAGUUUUAAGGAGAGACGGGAUAGGUUGCGGAUAGAGCGUGAAAAUGCAGUCCAAGAAGUUGAACAUCUUAGAAGAUUGAUAAGAGGGGAAACUGCUAGUUUUGAUAGGUCAGAAUUCCCAGUAUUCUCUUUCAUGGAGAUCAAUGAGGCAACCAAUGAUUUUGACCCGUCCUGGAAGAUUUCUGAAGGAAGGUAUGGAAGUAUUUAUAGAGGGAUUCUUCGCCACAUGCAUGUUGCUAUAAAGAUGUUGCCCUCAUAUGGCUCUAAGAGCCAGUUUGACUUCCAACGUGAGGUACAGAUUAUAAGCAGGGUAAGGCAUCCAAAUUUGUUAAUGCUUGUAGGAAGCUGCCCUGAAUCUAGAUCACUAGUCUAUGAGUAUCUUAAAAAUGGCAGCCUUGAGGAUCACCUUGUCCGCAAACACAAUACUUCUCUUCCAUGGCAAAUUCGAACAUGCAUUGCUACUGACAUAUGCUCUGCCUUGAUCUUCCUUCACUCAAAUAAGCCUUGCAUUGUUCAUGGAAAUUUGAAACCCAGUAAAAUUCUCCUUGAUGCUAAUUUUGUCAGCAAACUUGGAGACCUGGGUGUUGUUUCUCUGAUCCAGAAAAAUGAGGAUCUGGCUGAUUCAACCACAAUAUCUAAUGACACAGAUGAAACCUCUGUGUAUUUAGAUCCGGAGUAUCUACAGACUAGAAAGCUUACACCAGAAUCAGAUGUCUACUCAUUUGGAGUUAUACUAUUACAACUAUUAACUGCCCAACCACUUCGGGGGCUGGUGAAGGAUGUGAAGUGCGCACUAGAAAACGGUGACACAAAUGCAGUGUUAGACUCUUCAGCUGGGGACUGGCCACUAGAGCAAGCUGAACUGUUGGCUCACUUGGCAUUGAGGUGUUGCAAUAAGGACCCAGCGAAUCGGCCAGACCUUGUGUCUGAAUUAUGCAAUGUCCUUGAGCCAAUGAGAACUUCAUGUAUUUCCUCAGAACCAUGUGUGGUUUCCAGGAAGCUUCAACGGACACCCUCCCAUUUUGUCUGUCCCAUUUUACAGGAAGUCAUGACAGAUCCACAUAUAGCAGCAGAUGGCUUCACGUAUGAAGCAGAAGCAAUAAAAGGAUGGUUGAAAAGCGGCCACGACACUUCUCCCAUGACAAAUCUGAAACUUGAACACUGUAAUUUGGUCCCCAAUUAUGCACUUUGCAAUGCAAUUCAGGAGUGGAAACUACAAUAAUGGGAAAAAAUAAUUUAAAAAGAGAAAAGGAAAUUGUACAUUCUAUUACUUUUUCCACUUAACCAUUGUUAGUAUGGGAUUUACACACCGUUUGAGCCUUUGAUGCCAAAUCGGUUACUAAACUUCUUUACAGUCUAUACCAAUGUAAUACUAGGCAUCCCAGGAUGUACAGGAACGGUUAUUUUUGUACCAAGAUUAAUAGAUUACCAUUUUAUGAGA